AUGCCGAAGAUUGUGCUAAAGAAGAAGACAACCAAAGAAACCAAGAAACCACCUACACCACCACAUGAACCAACACCACCACAAUCACCAAUCCAAUCACCACCUCGACAACCUACACCACCACAACAACCUUCACCGCCUAAACAACCAACACCACCAAGACAACCAUCACCUUUGCAUCAUUCACCACCACCACAACAAACCCUUCUUACAUCGCAAGAAAUUUUUCAAACACAUCCACUCACCCAAGGUCAACUAACACCUGGUUCUACGGGGUACCGAAACUUUCCUAAUGUUCCUUCAAAUUUGAAUGUGAGCCUUGAUGAUGUAGGAGAUUUUGAUUUUGCAAACACCUCACAAGUAAAGAAUGUUGAAAAGAAGGUUGAUGAAGUUAUUGCUGAGAACAAAAAGCGAACCGCUGAAAACAAGAAAGUUAUGGAUCGUGAAAGAAUUUUAGAAAUGCAUGUGAAGAGGUUGGAGAAUGAUAACAAAGAGUUGGUGAAAAAGAUUGAUUCUGAUCAGUCAGAGAUAGACAUCUCGAAGGUGAAAAUUGCUGAGCUUGAAGAAGAAAAGACUCGACGUGAUGAGCAAAAUGAGUAUUUCAAGUUGAAGAACAAAGAACUUGAAGCAGCUAAAGCUUUCAGAGAUCGUGAGUUCUACAUGUUGAAUAAAGUUGUUGAAAGCAAGCUCGGAACAUCUGUAGAGCAAAAGUUUGAAGAGCUGCAAGUUGAAGAGCUCAGAGCAGAACGUUAA